AUGUCACUGAGUUUGUGCCCCGGACUGACCAGCAUCCCUCGCACUCGGGCACUGCUCUUGGUGGUUUACCUCUUGACCGUCCUGGGGAACUUGCUGAUGCUGCUGGUGAUCAGCUGUGAUCCCCACCUUCAUACCCCAUAUUUCUUCCUGAGACACCUCUCCCUCAUAGAUGUUUUCUAUUCUUCAGUCAUUGCACCCAAGUUGCUAAGGAACCUUAUUUCCGAGUGGAAGACAAUAUCCUUCCUUGGGUGUUUUAUUCAGAUUGCCCUGGUCGUAUUUUCUGGGGCCACUGAAGCCUGCCUCCUUUAUGCCAUGACCUAUGACCAGUUCCAGGCUGUGUGUCACCAUUGUUGUAUGUGGUCACUAUGAGUGGAAAGGUAUGUUCUGGGCUUGCAGUUAUAUAUAUCCUGGGCCAUAGGAAUCAGUGUUAGCCUGAUUAACACCUUCCUGCUAGCUCAAGAGCACUUCCGUGGCCCAAACCUAAUCCACAGCUUUGCCUAUGAGAUUUCCCCCAGUGCUCUUGUUGGUCUGUUCUGACCCUACACUACUGUCAUCUCCAUCCUGACAACCCUGGUGAUCUUAGGUUUUGGUACUCUGGUCCUACUGCUGGGAUCCUACGGCUGUAUCAUCACAACAGCCCUGAGCAUCAGCUCAUCCACAGGUCAGAGCAAGAUCUUCUCCACAUGUUCUUCACACUUCCUUGUAGUCACCAUCUUCUAUGGUUCAGGGGUUUACAGGUACAUGACCCCAGCAUCUGGCUCAGUCCUGGAGCAAGUGCUCUCUUUGCAGUACAGUAUGGUGACCCCGUUGCUAAACCCGCUCAUCUACAGCCUGAAGAAGGAAGAUGUAAAGGCGGCUCUGAGGAGGAUGCUGACCAGGAGGUCCAGGCUGAUCUACAAGGUCGGCACAGCCUCUCCUGCUCCAUCCAGAUUCCUUCAGAUUAUUGACGACUAUGGCCUCAUAUAUGGUGUCCUGAUGUGCAUAGGGUGA